AACACCUUCUCAACUUUUAUCCUUUGUUCUUCAUUUCUUAGUAACAAAGGAAUUGGCUAGCUGAGUUGUUUAGGGUUUAUAGAGAGGCAAAAAGAAGACAACUUUUUUUUUCCCCUCUUUAUAUAAAUGGAGGAGAUAAGUGAUGCAGAAAGAUCAGUAGAGGAGGUGAUGUUGCCAGGGUUUCGGUUCCAUCCAACAGAUGAAGAACUUGUCGGAUUUUACCUCAAAAGAAAGAUCCAACAGCGACCUCUCCUUAUUGAGCUCAUCAAGCAAAUUGACAUUUACAAAUAUGAUCCAUGGGAUCUCCCAAAGCUGGCAGGAAGUGGAGAAAAGGAGUGGUAUUUCUACUGUCCUAGAGAUAGAAAAUACAGGAACAGUGCAAGGCCCAACAGAGUAACUGGAGCUGGAUUUUGGAAGGCCACAGGAACUGACCGCCCCAUCUACUCCUCCGAUGGAAGCAAAUGCAUUGGGCUGAAGAAAUCACUUGUGUUCUACAAGGGCAGAGCCGCUAAAGGGGUUAAAACUGACUGGAUGAUGCAUGAGUUUCGUCUGCCUUCUCUCACCGAUCCAGCUCCACCCAAGAGAUUCAUUGAUAAAACCAUUCCAGCAAAUGAUUCAUGGGCAAUAUGCAGAAUAUUCAAGAAAACCAACUCUACCGCGGCUCAAAGAGCUCUAUGUCUCUCUUCUUCUUCUAUCCCUCCAUUGUCUGAAAUCAACCCAUCCAACAAUGCUCUCACCAAAGAUGACACCUUUUUUUUCACAUCAAAAACCAAUUUACCGCCCUCCAAUAAUCCAUUUUCUUUCCCUAACGAGACCCACCAAUCUUCCAUUUCCAACACUGCUUACCCUUUUGACUUUAUUGCCUCCUGUAAGCCAUUCAACCCUCAAAUUACUAAUAGAGUACUCUCCCACCACCUUCCCAACUUUUUUGCUGGGCCCAUCACCACAGAACCAGAAAAAUCCAGAUCAGUGGACCUGUCUUCUAUUCUCCUCAACAUGUCAUCGUCAGUGCUUGGAGAUUUUGGUAUUGUCAAGCCCACCGACACCAUAGAUUUCCAUACGCAACAGCAGUUUAUUACAAGCAGCAGCAACUAUGAUCCGCAGAGUUUGUCACAUGAGAUGAUGCAAUCAGCUGGUGACCAGUUUGGGGCUAUAAGAUCCAGUAGUACUGUUGGAUAUCCACUGAAUUUGCCUUUGAAUUUGAGUGAUUCCGGGAAGUCAAGUUUUGUGUGGGAUUCUUCUUCUUCAUGCCCUAGUGAAGUUUCCACUAGUUUGUCUACAACUAAUUGCUACACCUGAUCAUCCAUUGAAUCUGAGUAGAAACUUUUUAACUGCUUUUUUAUUUAGGUGUUUAUGUAGUUAAGUUAGCUAGAAAUAGGGUUUAGUUUCCAAUGGUAGGAAAUACUACUCUUCAGUUGAUAUGUAAAAGCUGUUCCAUCCGCAAAAGUUUUUGCAAAUCAUUAAAGUGUGAGUU